CAACUGUUCUAACCAGUAAUUUUUGUUUCAGGUGGUCUUACAAAGAUUUGGCAGAUACCUCAGCAUCUCUCUGAACCAAAAGUGAACAAAAUCCGUGUGUGUUCUCUCCUGUGUUUCUAAUGGGGACAAGAUACGGAAUCGGCGCGAUGCAUCCACCUCUCCUCUCCCUGCUACAAUCCUGCCCAUUGUCGCCCAAAAUCUCCGCAAACACCAACCCCAACUCCCCUCGCCGGGCGAACUCCGCGACAUCCUUUCCCAUCGCUGUCUCCAUUCCUCUCCGACCCCUCCUCCAGCCGCGCUGCAGCGCCGGCGACGGGGAGGGGACGGAGGAACAGCAGCCCUCGCGUGCCAAGGACGUGCUGUCGGGCAUGGUCGGCGACCGGGUGGAGGAGCUCCUGAGGAGAGAGGAGAACCGGGCCCUCUUGGACGGGCUCGAGGAGGCGUCCCGGAGGGUUGACCGGGCGAGGGAGGCUCUCGCCGACAUCGAGAGGCAGGAGGCCGAAGCCCUGCGAGCCAAGGAGUAUAUCCGCCAGCUCGAGAGCAGGGAGUCGGAGAUUGCAGAAUCACAAAGGGACUUGUUAGAAGCAAGAGCUAUGGUGGAAGAAGCUCAGCACUCUCUGUCAUCUAACAUUGAUGAAAACAACUCUGGAGAUAUUUUAGCUGAAGAGACAGACAAAGAUGUAGAGAGAUUGGAGUCUCUAAAAGCUGCAUCAAUCUCAUCUGUAGUUGGCAUGCUUGCUAGUUUGCCCAUUUCUUUAUAUCAAGCCACCAGCUUUCCUCAACUUCUUCUUCAUUUGGCGACUGUUUUCAUUAGCUGUGCUUUGUUUGGAGUUACAUUCCGUUAUGCAGUAAGAAGAGAUCUGGACAAUAUUCAGCUAAAAACAGGGGCACCAGCAGCUUUUGGCUUUGUUAAAGGCCUUGCCGCACUAGAGGCUGGGAAGCCUUUGGAACUCAACAAUGAUAGCUUCAUUGCAUAUUCUAUGGAUGGAGCAGUUUAUGUAUUAGAGAAUAUUUUUAUUUUUCUUUCUGCAGCCAUUGCACUUGAUUUUUGUUUCAAGAUGAGGCUUUUAAGUCCUUUUCCUAUAAGAAAAUAGGACUUGCUCACAAUUGUGGUCCAAGCUAAUCUUGGAGGUCCUGUCCUGCUUUUGUGAUGAGGAGACUUUGGAGUCUUCCACUUUAUAAUAUCAUUUGUACAGCUCAAUGUUUUCCUGGGUAAUUGACGAAGUUACCGUUCAA